AGUGAUAAAACAUGACAGCGAAUAGUGGCCUGUGAUUGGUCUGAGCGUGCAUGAAAAAAGACGAUCGGGAUUCUUAUUGUCUCCGUCCAGAGCCGUCUUGACGGUUGUCAGUUCAUGAUAUGAACACGGGGCAAGUGUGCGGUGCCUAGCCUCGACGAUGAGGUCCAAGUCUGUCGCCAGAAGAGUCACCGCUCAAGAAGGUAGCGAAGAUGAACUAGAAGUCUCCGAACAGCCUCAAGAAACCCACAUGGACUCCGUGAUGGUCCCUCCCCAGCACGAAACCUUCGACCUCCUCAAACCCUCUGAUUACUCCUCCAACAACAACCUCGACGACCUUCCCAACAAACUCACCGUCAAGCCCGCCGACCAACUCUACUGUGAUGAAACCCUCAAAGCGUUCAACGGCGUCAAACUGGACCUGGUGUACUCCAAAUGCCGCGAGGUGGUAGCGGCGUCCGGAAUCGUUCCUUGCGAGAUCGACCUCAAAGAUGGAGUGUUUGCUAAGGGCGUCAUUCCUAAGGGCACACGCUACGGCCCGUUCCAGGGCAAGUGGGCCGGAGUCCCACAAGAUGCGCGUUUCGCCUGGGAGGUCGUGGCCGGUUCUGGAGUGCGGGGAUGGCUGGACGGCUCCGGGGAACGACAGAACUGGCUUAAACUGAUCCGUAGUUGCGAUAAAAAUUCUGCAAAUAUGAGAUAUUAUCUUCAAGGAGGACAACUGUGGUAUGAAACCUGCAUCGAUAUUCCCAAUGGGGCUGAACUAAUCAUGGGACCUAGAGAACCCCUCAACCUGCAGGACAUGUUCGGCGACUCGGUCUCCGCUGAUGAAAAGUCGGACAGAGAAACAGCAUCGCAGCACAGCGGGACGGUGGACGACCGUGAAGACGACGACGAAGACGAGUCCGAAACGCGCUGUUGCGUGUGCGACCAGCCCUUCACCGACGUAGAUAAAUUAGACGACCAUCUCAUCGUCAAACACAACUACCGCAAAGAUGAGUACCGGUGCGACCUUUGCCCUAAAGCCUACUCCCAUCGGCCUUGCCUCAUAAAACAUCGAUCGGUGACCCACGGCGAGCAUCGAAAAUACCAUUGCGAGAAUUGUCCUAAGGUGAGACUUGCAGUGUUAAGAACUAGUCUAAGUGGAAAUUUUCAGGUAUUUACAGAUCCGAGCAAUCUCCAGAGACAUAUAAGAAUCCAUCACGUGGGUGCCCGGUCCCAUGCGUGCCCAGAAUGCGGAAAGACUUUCGCAACAUCGUCGGGACUUAAACAACACACGCAUAUCCACUCGAGUGUGAAGCCCUUUCAGUGCGAAGUGUGCUUUAAGGCUUAUACGCAAUUCUCGAACCUGUGUCGCCACAAACGGAUGCAUGCCGACUGUCGGAUGCAAAUAAAAUGCGUCAAGUGUGGACAAUCCUUCUCAACGGUGACUUCUCUAUCAAAACAUAAGCGAUUUUGUGAUUCGACAACACCAACUCCUUCGCUAAGCUCCCAACAGAACUUGCCAAUGGCGAGCAACAACCCUUUCUCGAUGUAUAACUCGUCAGCUUGCCCUAUUCCGUUUUUCCCAACACACUUUUCACCUUACCCACCUAUUUUUCCUCCUUCGGGACACCACUCACCAUUUAUUAACCCUCUGUUGUUUAAUUCUAUUCCCAAAUGGAAAACUGAAGAAGACCAAGACGGACCAAAGAAAAUGAGAUUAAUGAGUCCGGACCGGUUUUCUCCAGUCAAAGAAGAACACUUUACCCCUCCUCGAGUCCCUUCAAUUUCGGCUAAAAUUAGUCCUCCAACUGCUGAAGAAGCGAAUUUGACUCCAUCACCAGCAAGACCUAAUCAUAUUCUCUCAAAUCCGAGAGACCAACUCAAUCAAUCUGAAGAUAACGACUUUCCUAAAGAUUUGUCCCGAAGUACUGAAAGCAAAACUCCUCAAUCGGUGAGUAGCGAGGAGGGUGACCAACCCCUUGACUUGAGUAUCGGUUGGAAAAAAUCUCGGAAUGUUUCUCAAGAAAAACCCCUGACUAAACACGAAAUUCGUGAUUUACUCCCAAAACCCAAAGAAGAAAAAAUCGAAGUUGUCGAUUUGGAAGAAGAGAAGAAAGAGGUGAUUUCGACCCCUCCGAUGGCUUACCCCCGGCCAAUUCAUCCGGUAUUUUUGGAAAUGUAUCGCCCAAAUUUUUCCAAUUUCCAACCUCAAAACAACGACCGGUUACUACCCCCAACGUUCGGUCCUCGGUUUCCAUUUUUAAACUCCCUGCCUUCUCACAGAAUUGAUUUACUAAGACCUGGGCUCCAAAAUUUCAAUUCUAAACCGUUUCAUGACAUGAUCCAGCAACAAGCCCAAGGGAAAAUGAAGGACAGGUACGCUUGUAAAUUUUGUGGUAAAGUUUUUCCCCGUUCUGCAAAUCUGACUCGGCAUUUGAGGACACACACGGGGGAGCAGCCCUACAAGUGUCGCUAUUGUGAACGCUCUUUUAGUAUUUCGAGCAAUCUGCAACGGCACGUGAGGAAUAUUCACAACAAAGAGAAGCCUUUCAAGUGUCCUCUGUGCGAAAGGUGUUUCGGCCAACAAACCAAUUUAGAUAGGCAUCUGAAGAAGCACGAAGCGGACGACGGGAGUGGAGGAGUGGCUGUGGCCGACUCUCCCGGGAGCAGUAACGAGAACGAAAGAGAGGAUGCGUGUUUUGACGAGAUUAGAUCUUUCAUGGGGAAAGUGACCUACGCAGGGGGUGAUUCGUAUAACCAGACGCGGAUUUAUACACCACCUUCGCACAGUGUGAUCGACGUUGUGGGGAAGGACGAGGAUGACUCCGAGACGUAUUCGGAGGAGGCGCCACUGGAGGACUUUUCUGCGAAUAAAAUCGAGGACGAAGUGUUGAACAACAACGAUCAGACUAUAAAAGUUUCGACUUAGUGAUAAGCUUGACUCAAAUAACUGUGUUAUUAUGCAUCAACGUAAUUUAGUUCUAGUUAGUGUUAUUUAUUGUAAAUACGGAGACUUGGUUAGAGUCAAAAAUUAUAACUUUUUAAAGUUCCUACACGAAUUUUGUCAAUUUUUCAGAACACUAUUGCACGGAAUUAAGCAAUUGUAGUACUUUUUUUUCAAACACACUUUCAAAAACCUAAUGUAAUAAUUGUAAGUUGUUUGUAUUGUAAAUAUAGUGGUACAUUUUGUGUGAUUUCCCAUUGUUGUUUGUACAUAAUCUAGGAAAAUUUUCAUUUUGUUGCUUUAGUUUGAUUAACAAAAAGUGUAUUAUAGGAAAAUUAUUUCACUUAUAGGUGAGCCAAUUCAGCCAAAGCUACGCUAAUUUUUGUACAAAAAAAACAAUCUACAGUUAUUAGUAAUAAACGUACUAGUUUAUAGUUUGUUAAUAGUUUAUUAUACUCAUUUAAAUCACUCAUAUAUUAGACACCUAUAUCACAAUGUAAAAUAAAUUAAUA